GAUUUUAGCUUCAAAUCGAAACAUAAUCAAUCAAUCAAUCAAUGUCUUCUAAUCCUUCAAGUCAAAAAUCAUCGAAACUAUCUAAAUCCGGUUUCAAAAGUUUAUCUCGAUCCAAAUUGAAAAAAGAUAAAUUGAUUAAGAAAGCGAAAGAUGUUGACAAAAGUGGAGGAGGAGGAAGAGGUGAAGGAGACAAGGAAAUUGUAGCAGCAGAGUAUGCAUUAUCAUCCAGUACACGAAAUUCCGUGGAUUAUUAUUUACAACAAGCUACUACUACUACUAGUACUGUUCUCAACACCAACACCAAUGACAACAACACUGAUAAUAAAUCUAAACGAAAAAUUAAAAAGAAAACUGAGAAACAAUUACAGUCUACUACCAUUGAUGAUGAUGUUGAUGCUUCACUGAUGAUGAAUCAUUUACAUCAUUCAACAAUUAAAAAUAAAAAGAAACGUAACGGUUUAAAAUUACAUUCACAUAAUAAAUCUAAAAAAGAACAAACAAAAAUUGUACAUAAACCUGUUUUUGGCGUACCAUUAGAUGUGGCAUGUAGUAGAAAUCCUAGUCAUGAUGGUAUUGUUCUACCGGCAUUUUUUCGUCAUUGUAUCGAUUAUAUAGAACAAUAUGGUUUAAGUUCUGAAGGAAUUUAUCGUGUCCCUGGAGUACAUUCACAAGUACAAGCAGUAAUUGCAUCCAUUGAUAAUGGUAUAGAAUUUCCAGAUAUUCCACCGACAUCAGCUACAUUCUAUUGUAAUCAAGUGAAUUAUACCAAACAACGUUCAAAUCAUUUACUCACUGGAUUAGAUUCAAAUUCUAAAGGAAAACUACGUCAUUUAAGUUCAUCAUCUCAUUCCAAAUCAAAAAAACAUCAUUCUUCGCAUUCACUGUUACAUCAUCGUUUGAAACAUAGUAGUCCUACAUCAAUUGGUGGCCAUUUCACAACAACCACAACACCAACCACAACCACAACAAAUGGAUUGUCUGUGAAAACGUCCACCACAGGUUUAUUUCCAAAUGCAUCAUUAUUCAUGAAACACCACCAAUCGCCCAAUAUAUUAACCAGUACUAUUACUACUAGUAGUAAUAGUCCACCACAGACAUUGACAACUUCACCACCGCCGCCAUCAUUCACCACAGUCAACACUAUAUUACCGCAUGAUCCAGCAGUGAUUGCCAGUGUUAUUAAACAUUUUCUACGUAGUCUACCUGAACCAUUGUUAACUAAACGUUUAACUAAUGUGAUUGAAUCAUUGACAGCAGCUACAACAGCAACCACUGCGACUGCCACGACUGCUACUGGCGGUACUACCAAUCAAUUACAAUUUUAUCAUAAUUUAUCUGUAUUGAUUCAUCAAGAAUUGCCUAAACCAAAUCGUUAUCUAUUAGCAUGGAUUCUACAGCAUAUUAUGCAUAUUAUACAACGAUCAAAUGAAAAUCAUAUGACAUUAGCUAAUAUUAUCAUUGUUUUAUCGCCAUGUUUAGGCAUAAGUCAUCGAUUAUUAGGUAUCUUGUUGAAUUCUACACCACCGAAAGAUUUUUCCUUAGAUCUAUGCAAAUUAGAUCCAACAUUGCCAAUAUUCAUUAAUCCUGACAAAUUGCAGCCAUUGAAUAAUACUGAUGAUAAUGAGAAUGAGAAUGAUUCAAAUCAUUUGCAUUGGUUAUUUCCACAUCCAGCUUAUUCAUUGAAACCAUAUAUCCCGCCAGUAAAAUUCAAUCAUGGAUUAGAAUUGCCUGAUACGAAUGAAGAAUUGGAUAUUGAAUUGAAAAAACAAGAAUCAUUAUUGAAUUAUUUAACAACUGAACAAAUUCAAUUGGUGGAUAGUGGUGAUUCAGGGAAUGCCGCCAAUAAAGGAUGUCAUUUACAUGAUGAAUCUCCAUCUUAUCAAUUAUCCAAUGCACAAAUCAAACAAGAUCGUGCAGAGAAAGCACGAGCACGACGUGCACGAAUUAUGGCACGUAUGUCAAAUAUGCAAAGAAAUUUUAUGGAUUCUUUGACACAAAAUGAAGCUACCACGAAUGAAGCUGAAUUAAUGGAUAUUGAUUAUCCUGAAGUAAACAAUGACAAUUUGAAUCAAUCAACAACUACACAAUCUACUGUUGUACAACAAUGUGCACUUGGCCCGACAAGAUCGUUAGGCAGUGCUGCUGCAUACCUGUUCCCUAAUUCUUCUUUAUCUUCACAAGGCGGAAUGGAAGUGCAAAAUACAGAAUUAGUCACAUGUAAUUUAUGCUUAGAAGAAGUAGCCGAACAAGCAUCUAGUCGUAUGGUUAUGGCUGCACAUGUAUGCCGAUCAUCUGUAUUAUCAUCACAUGGUAUUAGUUGGUUAGAAGGUCCUGUAACAAUGUCUGUGGUGAAACGUUUAUCUUCAGAUCUUGACAUGGUUGAUUCCAUGUGUUGUUCAACAACAACCAUCGAUCGUCACCAUGAUAAAUCCUACUCUGUUCAUGGUGACGAAAAUCAACUUAUACCUUUUCUGGCAUCGGUAUCAACAACAGCUGCAGCUACAUGUGCCGGUUCAUCGAGAAUGGGACUUCGUAUAAUUCCGGAAUUAUUAUCCGGUAUACAAUGUUUAGAAGUACCAAAAGAUACUACUACUACUACUACUGCUACUACUGAACUGACAGAUAAAAAUACACUCGGUCCAGGUUUAAUUGAUCAAUUAUUCACUAAUCAAGAUGAAAUGAAUCAUUCCAUUAUAUUAGAUCGUUGGCAUCCACGUCCGUUAGUUUCAAGUCGUGAUCCAAUCGCUGAGGAAGGAUCAUUUUUCACAUUUUGUUCACAUCCAAUGCAUGCAACAUGUAAAACAAAAUAUGCUAAACAAAUUAAAGGUCGAGUGGAUAAUUUAAAUCGACGUAAUUCAUCCAUGCUUGUAUUUGAAUUUCGUUGUCCAUUAUGUAAAUGUAUUUCAACAUUGGAUUUACCAAUGUUGGGUCCAAUUUAUUUAGACAUCCCUAUUGAAUGGUUACAAUCAAGAUUAUUAUCAUCGAUCAAUCAUGAUCAAUCAUCAGUUCAUCAACUUGGUUCGACUGCUACAACUCCCCUUACCACCACUACUACUACUAAUAUUAACAAUAAUCAUGCUCAUUUUCAACCAUUAAGUUCAUGGCUACAUAACUUGUCUCGUUGGUUAGAUAUGUCAUCUGAUGUGAAUGAUUACAUUCUGGGUCCAUUAUUCUCAUCGAAUUUCAAUGAUCAGAAAUCAAUCAUGACUGAUCAUUUGCAGAAUACGUCAACACUAGAAGAUUAUGCAUUAUGGAAUUUCGGUAAUCUUAUCACAGCUGAUAUUAUCAAUGUAACUUAUCCAUCCUAUUCAUCGACUACUACACCGUCAACAUCAGUCGAUAUGGAUGUUGAUCAUGAUUAUUCCACACGUUCAACAUCAGGCAAUAAUUAUGAAUUCAUCGCUCAACGAAUUCAUUCAAUUAUGAAACGUGUAAAAUAUAGUUUAAUUGUACAAGAUUCGACUGAACAAGACUAUCAUCAUCAUGAAUUGAACGCUAAGAAGAGACAUUCGAAAACUACCGCUGAUUGUGGAAUGAGUAGUAGCAGUAGUAGUAGUAGUAAUGUGGGCGUUGGUGGCAGUGCUAGCAGUAGUAGUUUAAAUCCUUUAAGUCGACAAUUUUGGACAUCUCGACGCUUUUCUAGACGUUCCAGCACAGAUAAUGACAAUGUAUCGAUGAAUUCAUCCAAUUCCACUCAUAAUAGUAACAGUAAUAAUAAUAAUAAUCAUGCGACAACACUCAGUAUUGGUAAUAAUACAUUGAAAAAUCUUCUACCGCCACAAUCUUCAUCUCCAUUGGUUACAACGAAUUUAUUUGCUUUAGUACAACGUUUAGCUAGUUUAUGUCAACCGAAAUCAGUGGAUACACUUGUUCAACGUCCAAUCGGACGACGUACUACUACGACGACUACGACUACCGCGACUGCUACUGCUACUGCCACUGCUGAAGUAGUUGUGAAUAAUACACCGACAAUUGUUCCUUUACCAAAUGAUAUCAAUGAAGAACAAGAUGAUGAUGAUGACGACGACGAUGGUGAUGACGGCGACGAGGAUCAAGAUGGUGCUGCUGUUGCUACUGAUCAAGUGGUAGCAUUUGUUGUUACUGACACACCAAUUCAAUCGACUGCCUCAACAUUGUCCACUUCAAAUAUACAAGUUUUAAUGACUCAGACAGAAUUCGAUUCGCCACCUUCAACAACCACAACUCAUCAUCAUCAACAUCAUAAUUUAACAAUGAAUUCAUCAUCAACAUCUUUGAGCAAACAAUCUGUUUUGUUCAAUGCAAAUUUAAAUCUUUCUGAAGCAAUCGAAUUGUUUCAUUUAGAUUUUAUGAGUUUUUAUGAACGUUUACGUACAUUGAAUUCAUUGAUACCACAGAAUGUGACGACAACAGUGACGUCCGCGACGACGACGAUGAAUGCAGCGACGACAACCCCUGCAACCACUGCAGCGACAACAACAACAAAUUGUCCUAAAUCACAGUUGUCAUCUCAUCGUCCAGUGAAGAAAAAGACGUCAUCGCAUACAACUACAACGUCAGCAUCAUCAUCAGCAGCAUCAUCAUCACAAGCAGCAACAUCAUCAUCAGUAACAACAACAACAACCGGUGUAGAUGAUGAUAUUAAUCAGAGAUAUAUUAUGAAUUCAUUUAAUUCUACAAAGCAUUAUUUAGAACGUAUUGCACAACGUGCACGUAAUGUAAUAUGGUCAGCUGCAUGUGAAUGGCGAUCAUUACGACAUAGUGUAGCGUAUACAUUGAUUGGUUCUGAACGUAACUUCAUUGACAGCACAUCACGUCAUGCUGUUGUUUCACGUGGUUGUUCAUUGUCAUGUGAUGCUGCUGCAAAUGAUGAUGGCAAGACAACAACAACAACCACCGGGCAUCGAUUAUGUUGGUCACAAUUGAAAACUCACCCGAUUCAUUGGUGGUGGUGGUCGUAUUGUGUACCAUUUGAUGUUGUACCUAAUUCACAAUUGAAAGAUGUUCUACCUGAUUGUCGUCUGAAUAAUCCAUCCACUAUAAUCAAUAUCGCCGAAACAGCUGUUUCGAUAGCCGCAACAGAAGAUGCACGUUUCUUGUGGCGUUUAUUACUGCCACCAUUAGAGAAUUAUAAAUCAGAUGCGCUAACCAGCAACGUAUCAGAACAAUCACAGCAACAACAAACGAAUUCAAAUACUUCAAUGCCUGCGUCAACUUAUUCCAUGAAUGCAAUCAAUCAACCGACUACUACUACUACUAGUCUACUUUGGGAUGUGGAUAUUACAUCAUUAUUCAUUAGUCUGUUACAUUUACGUCCAGGCUUAGAAGAAUUCACUGUCAAUCAAUGUCAAUGUACACGUUUAGCUAAUGUAGCUAAUGCAGAUAUUAGUCAAGAAUCGGGUACUGCUUCAUUAGGUGCUUAUUUAUUAGCAUGUGAUGAAGGUCGAUUACGUUUACCAAUUGGUGAUAGUCAUGAAACACAUUUGUUGCGUUUAUGUUAUGCUGCAUUAUUAGUCCAAUCGUUGAUAGCAUGGCAACCAAGAAUGGAUUGUUUGAAUUAUUUAAAAAAGCAUCAACUUUUGCCACAAUCCUGCACAUGGAAUGAUAAUUAUGUGAAAUCAGCACAUUGGAAUUUACCGGAGUUACUUGAUGUCUGGCGUUUACUACGUGAUCUAUGCGGUCUUAGUGCGUGGAAUUCGUCUAACAAUGACAUCAGUAAUAAUAAUCAGGAUCCACAAAUGAUGGCUCAAUCAUUAGGUUUAUUUCUACGUGCUAAUUGUUUACCAUUUCUACGUAUUGCUGCUUUUGUUAUACAUAAAAUUACUGGUGUAGAUACUGUUGAACAACCGAUCAAGAAAUCAACUGAUGAUAUUCUAUCAUCACCAUCAUUCAACACUAGUUGUACAGAGAGGAUUAUUGAUAACAAAAUCAUUCCUAUUGUAUACAAUCAAAAUGCUUUAAUCCCUGGCACUACUACUACUUCUACUACUGCUACUAAUAAUAAUAAUAAUAAUAAUAAUAAUAAUAAUGACAAUAAUAAUAAUAAUCUUUUCUUACAUCCAUAUGAAACCACAUCGACCAUGGACAGUGUAGCAUACUCCUCGAAUCACUCACCGUCACUUCCACCGCCAACCGAUUUAGCGCCGAAAUUAUCAGAAUUCAUGAAAAGUACCAGUACUACUACUUCUAGUAGUAAUAGUAGUAGUACAGUCAAUACAACAAAUGAUUCCAACUCACGUCAAAUUUUAUAUUAUCAAACACGUAAACAAGAAUUAAUUGCAAUACAAACUGAUUUAUACGCACGAAUUCGUUCAGAGAAUGCAGAAAUUAGCCGAUUACAAUCAUGUAUCAAUCAUCUAUUAGAAUCUGGUGGUCGACGAGCCAAUCGAAUAUAUCGUACUUAUAUGACAGCGAAACAUUUAUGUCCUGAUUGGUUAUUGAAUGAAAAUCCGCUGAUUGUUACACCACCGUCAAAGCAUCAGUUCAAGAAUAAUGAUAAGACAGAUCAAAGAGAUUAUUAUCAUUAUAUUUCACAACCAUGGACUAAAAUAGCUGAAAAUUUAACUACGAUUAUCAAUGAGAAUGUUGUUGAUGAUGAGGAUGACGAUGAUGAUGAGGAUGAUCAUACUACUGCUACCACUGCAUAUAGUAGUAGUAUAAUGAUGAUGAAUAAUAAUUUAAAAGAAAAAUGUCUACUUGACGAUGAUGAUGAUGAAGAAGAAGACGAAGAAGAGGAGGAGGAGGAGUAUUCCUCCAGUGAUUCCGACGAUCAUCAUCAUGACGAUGAUGAUGAUGAUGAUGACGGUGAUGGUGAUGAACAUGAUUCGCUGAAAGAACCAAUUUUAACAAAUCGUGAUUCUUCACCAGAUUCCGUUGGUUAUUUACGUUUAACAGAAGAAACAGAAGAUGUUGAUGUAGAUAAAGAUGAAGGUGAAAUAGGCAACAGUUUAAAUUCUAAACGAAAUAAACACUUAACAGUGCCAGGACAUGACGACGGAGAUGACGAUGAUGAUGAUGAUGACGAGGAUGAGGACGAGGAAGAAGAUGAAUGUGAAAUGGAAUUGGCUAAAACAUUACAUCAACUUACAUUGGAUAAUGCACGUUUAGAACAACUCAAUGCACGUUCAUUGGAUGCAAUACAAGCGGAACGAAAUCGUUGUGCUGAUUUAAAAGUUUUACUUAAACUUCGUCAUAACAAACCAAUCGACACUAUGAUGGAAUCGAUCAGAAUAAGCGAUCAGCCUAACUCUACCAAUGAUAUAAACUGUGAACAAUCCAAUGCUUUGUAUUCACCUUAUUCCAAUGUCAAUGUCAGUCAAUUGUCAACGUCAUCAGUCACUGUAUUAUAAAUUAAUCCAUGUGCUGGCUGGUGUUGUUGAUGAUGUUAUCUGUGCUUCGCCUGUGCCUCAUUGCAUUCUUCACACAGUUGACUUUUCUCUCACUCUCCUCUCUUUGUUCCCCUUUUUUGAACACUUUUAAAUCAUGCAUUUCAAUGGUGUUUUUCUCUUCUUUAAUUUCGUUUUGUUUUAUUUUGUCUUUUUUCUUUAUAUUUUCAAUUGAAUCUUGAAUUAUUGAUUUUUUAUGAGUUUUUUGAAAAAAAAUUAUGAAUCAAAAAAAUAGAGAAAAUCUGUGAUUUUUUUCAAUUGAGAGAUUGAUUCUUUCAUGUUUAGCGCUAACUAUUAUUAUUAUUAUUAUU